AUGUACGUUGUUGCAUCACCCCAUGUAGCUAACAAAAUAUGAGCGUUGCGUUUUAUUGCAUGGCACCUAAUAAUAUAUCUAAAGAUUCUAAACCCGCGUGAUCCCGGCUGGAUAUUGUAAACAGGUAGAAUCAUAUGAAAAAUGGGAUUAAAAAUCAUCUUGCUUUUGAUAAUAUAUAUAGAUUGACAUAUUGGUUAAAAUGUUUUUGAUCGCUAGUAACAACCUACAUCAUCGCAAACUCAUUUAUCAUAUUAUAUAAAUUGUUAACCACACCUAUGUCGUCAGGUGGCACAAGGCGUUCUGUGGAUUUUAAGAGAUCUGAAUUCGAAUCUGAUGCUAACUCAAAUAAACACAGCGCAUGACCACCGGAACUGUUUACAUUCUUUUCGUUCUGUCUCCGGAAAAGGUUUACCUUUUUUAUAUAAAUUGUUAAAACCACCUCAGAAAUGUAAAAGCAUGCAAUUAUAUAUGUUUUGGUAGAUAACAAUCGAUGGUAUAUUUUAGACUUCAUCGCACAACAAAAUGUAAAAGCAUACAAUUACUUUAACUUAUAAGUUGAGGUGGAGGUAAUAAUAAGGAAGACAUAUACAUAAAUUCCCUUAUAUAUAUGUAUGUCUAUAAAGUUGAGGUUAAAAAAGAAUCAAUAUGAUCAUAUGAUCAUAUGAUUCAUAUCUAUGGAAUGUAACUUUUGCAAUGGAAGUAAAUAUUCAGUCUAUAAACAACAAGAUUGUUAAACAAUGCGAUUAUUUUUUUUCCAUAUAAUUAAUGUUUAUAACUAAUUACAAGCACAAAACCCUUGAUAUAUAUACAUAUCUAUAUGUAAAAUAUGUGCAGAUGUCGUUUUGGGGACUUGACAGGGAUUUUAAAUUAGAAGGAAGAUUUCUGUUGGCCUCGGAAAUGACGGUUAUUAAAUAUGUAUAAGAGACAAUUAAACUGGGUAUUUUUCAGAAGAAAUUGACUUGUAUCAUGAAAAGGGUUUGAAAUUGAAUGUACUUACUUGGAGUACGUCGGAUUUUACCGCUCUGGAUUUCACUGUAACAUUCUAUUUCAGGUAACCCUAUACGCACCAUAUAGAGACAAUAACCAAAUUAAUCAAACUAUUAAACCGAAAUUACUAAGUCCAUGUAAGAAAAUACAAAAGAAUAAUCUAGGGCUUAGAUCUUUUGUCCUCUCUAUAAAUAGAAGAAACUACGAGGGUCUCUUACCCUGUCACAUGCUUCCUUCCUUCUUCUUUCGUAAAGAUUAUCACCUUCUUGUCUUCUUUAUCUUCUUCUUCUUCUUCUUCUAAAGCGAUUUAGGGUUUAGAGGAAUGUUGUCUGGCUCGAGGUCAUGAAGAGUCGAUAUUUAACGAAAUACAAAACUCUAUAUGAUUCUCGGACCAGGCUUCAUCCCCCUCAACCUAUUCAUCGCAAUUUCCUCAAACUAUUACUUUUAACGUCACAUCUCAAUGAUCUCAUCACGGUAGUUGAUUCAUGGUUGAGAAAAUGUUGUCAUUCAUACUUAAGUUUCUAAAGCUUAUUGUUCCAUCGAGGUUCAUUUUAUGAUUCAUGCUGCAGUGUUAGUUAUUAUAUAGCCAUUGACAAACUCAUCAAACAGCUAGAAUUAUCAAUGUUCUCUUAAAAUGUUAACCAUCUUUUUCUUCUAUGUUUCAAUAUUGUUCCCCUUGAAGUGUUUCGAGCCUUUAUUUGCGGAUUGUUAUUUGUUAGCCGUUCCUUUUUACUAGGAACAAAGAAGUAACCAAAGAAAUCUGGAUCUAUGAAUGCAAAUCCCUUGUGUUUUUUAUACACCUUGAAAGAUAUUUCACUUUUCCGUUUUUAAAACGUACACGUCUAGUCAUAUAUAUUCCAUUCAUACCAACUUUGGGGAAAAAGUUAAGUUAUCAUGAAACAACAAUCUAUUGAGGCAGCAUGAAACAUAUAAAUUGGCCAUUUUCUCUUUUUUCACAUCUAUGAGUUGCAACAAUAUUUGUUACAAAUGUUCAAAAAAAAAAAACAAUAUUUGUUACAACCUUUCAACUAAACUUUAUAAUUGACAUAUAUAUCAGUUCACUGCAUGUACGUUUUUUGUGUGUUGGUCAAAAUUUAUAGUCACUUGGAAAAGUUAUUUAUAUAUAUAUAUAUAUAUUAAUAAUUCAACAAAGGUGAAAAGGGUAGAGGAAAAAGAGAAGAUUACAAAGAACAAAAGAAAGCUUUGUACGUGAAUGAUGUGGAAACCACCAUAUGGCUUUCCGCCAUACUACAAAAAGUCUCGUCAAGUUGAAAUGUUAUUACACGUAACAUGAAAAUGAAAAAUAACUUCCUCUCUUUUCCCCGUUGUUGGAGACUGUUGUGAUUGAUUGACUGUUUUCUAUGAAACAAAUCUUACAGAGAGAGAGAAGAUGUGAUGUGAUGUGUAUAUUGUUGAUUUUUGUAUAGUAGCGUGAAUUAGAAUUUCAAAAAGUUAGUAAACAUUUUUGCAAUUUAAAUCGUUUGUUAAGGAAAAAUGUCCUAUAAGGUCGGAGUUAUUAACAGUUUCUGCAAUUGUCAGAGUCAUGGGAGAUGAGAAGAUGAAACAAUGGAAUGAUGAAUAAUGCGGUGAUUAACUGAUUAGGCUGUCAGGGUCCAAAAUUCACUCGGUGUAAUAAGCGAGAGGAAUGACUUACAUGUAAGAAGCUAGAUCGAUUUCUCAUAAAUGAAACCUGGCUUCAUCAACGUACUCAGGCGUAUGGGUUUUUGAGGUUGGAGGAUGUUUUGAUCACCUAAGAGAAAGAUUUCAUAUAGACGCUGAAGCAGUAGGAAAGCGUAAGCCGUUCAAAUUCACUAAUGCAGUGGUUGACAUGCCUGAGUUUCUCAAGUUAAUUGAAGAUUAUUGGAAGGAUACUCCACCAUUGUUUGAGCCGACAUCAGCUCUCUUUCGCUUCUCAAAAUCUCUAAAAACUCUGAAACCUCUAACAAGACAGUUGAGUAAAAAGAAACCGGGGAAGCUAUCAAUGAAGUUAAAGAAGCUUAUCAUGAUUUAUGUGAGAAACAUGAGAGGCUUUUAAAUAAUCCUUCACAGGAGAAUAUAAAGGAGAAGUGAGUGCAGCAGAAAGAUGGAAUAGAAUAUCAAAUAUUGAGGAGAAAAUUCUGAAACAGAGAUCUAAGAUGCAUUGGUUACAGCUAGGAGAUCAUAACAAUAAGGCUUUUCACAAUGCGGCAAAGAUAAGGGAAACAAAGAAUGCGAUUCGGGAGAUCAAAUACCCAUCUGGAGAAGUAGUUAUAACGCAGGAAGGGAUUAAAAAAGAAGCUGAAAGAUUUUUCAAUGAGUUUUUAUCUCGUGAGCCAUAUGAUAUCCGGAGGGGAAGUGUAGAAGAGAUACAACAGAUAUUCAGUUUUCGAUGCUCUGAAGUGGAAAGGAACCAACUGAUAAAACCGAUCACUAAUGAAGAAAUAAGAAAGGUUUUGUUUCAGAUGCCUAGCAACAAAUCGCCAGGGCCAGACGAGUAUACAACAGAAUUUUCUAAAGCCUUUUGGAGUAUUAUUGGACGGGAUCUCACAACUGUAGUGCAAUCUUUUUUUAGUAAAUGAUUUCUAUCAAAGGGCUUAAACACGACUAUUCUUGCUCUUAUCCCGAAAAAAGACAAUGCAACUGAGAUGAAGGACUAUAGGUCAAUCUCAUGUUGCAAUGUACUUUACAAGGUGAUAUUCAAGAUCAUUGCAAAUCGACUAAAAGGUACGCUCCCUCAGUGUAUAACCUAUAAUCAAUCUGCAUUUGUGAAGGACAGGCUCUUAGUAGAGAAUUUACUUGUAGCUACUGAAAUUGUAAAGGACUAUCACAAAGAAGAUGUCUCUCCAAGAUGUGCUAUGAAAAUAGAAAUAGCUAAAGCCUUCGACUCUGUUUAUUGGCCAUUUUUGUUUGACACUCUUCGAGCUUUGAAUAUGCAUGAUCAGUUUAUAAGAUGGAUUGAACUUUGUGUCUGCACUCCAUCAUUUUAUGUUCAAGUAAAUGAUGAACUUGCAGGAUUCUUUUCAAAGUAAGAGAGGGUUAAGGCUGGGUUGUGCGUUAUCACCAUACCUCUUUGUGAUCUGUAUGAACGUCUUAUCCCAUAUGAUUGAUAAAGAAGCAGCAAGGAAGGAGAUAUGAUAUCAUCCAAGAUGCCAAAAUAUACUGCUCACACAUCUGUGCUUUGCGUAUGAUAUGCUGGUAUUUGCUAAUGGAGAAAAAAGAUCUGUUGAGGGAGUUCUUAAAAUAUUCGAGGAUUUGCAGCUAUGUUAGCGCUUAAGAUAAGUGGAGAAAUCAACAUUAUACACUGCAUGAAUUCCAAUUUCGCAAGAGAAGGAAAUUUUGAGCAGAUUUCCGUUUGCUUAUGGCCAGUUACCAGUGAGGUAUCUUGGGCUUCCCCUGCUCACAAGAAGGUUGUCUGUCAAUGAUUAGCUACCGUUAGUAGAGAAGAUAAGAAGAAGAAUGAAAUCGUGGACAGGGAGGUUCCUAUCACACGCAGGUAGACUGCAACUUAUCAGCUCAGUCAUUACAAGUCUAUCUAAGUUUUGACUAUCGGCUUUUAGAUUACCAAGUAGCUGCUUGAAGGAGAUAGAAAGCUUGUGUUCUGCAUUUGUUUGGUUUGGACCUGAUCUUAAAACAAGCAAGGCAAAAGUGAGCUGGAAAGAUAUUUGUCUACGUAAAGAGGAAGGUGGAUUGGGGCUGAGACCACCCAAAGAAAUCAGUACAGUGUUUGGUCUGAAAAUCAUCUGGCGAUUAUCUUCUGUUCGAUCUCCUUUGUGGGUAAAAUGGGUCCAGUUUUACUUGAUAAGAAAAGGUUCCUUAGGGAUGUUCAAUCCGGAUAUCGGUUCGGUUUCGGUUCGGUUUUUUAAGUUUUUCGGUAUUUCGCUUAAUAAAAUAUAACUACCAUUCUAAAUCCAUUUUUACUUCGGUUCGGUUCGGUUUAUAUACCGCUGGUUUUCGGUUUAUUCGGUUUUAUACCAAAACAUAAUUAUUUAGUUUGGGAUCAUAUUAUAUAAAUUUUAGAGUCAUAUUGUCAUCGCAGUCAUUUAUUAAAAAUAUAUUAUAUUUUCAAAUAAAAGAACAAAAAAAUAAAAACGCUUAUACCUUCAAAUGAAAUAAUCAAAUCUAGAAUUAAAAUCAAAGCUCGAAAUUUUGAAAAUAAAAAUAAAAAACAAAAGAGAAGUAUGAAAGAAAAUGUUUCCACUCUUCCAUAUUCAGUGUUCAUCAAAGUCAUGUUUCGUCGAGUGAAACUCUGUUCGUUUAUAAAUAAGAAAAAAAUUGUGAAGAAUUUUUCUAGUUAUUAUCCAUCAAAUUUAUAACCUUCACUUCAAUUUAAUCAAUGCUAAAAGAAAGCAAAAUGAUUAAAAGAAGAAGACUAAGAAAAUAAAAAGUCACUCUGUAGCAGGUUCAUGGGCAUGUAAGAAGCUUCUAAAACUAAGGGAGCUUGCUUAUUCUUAUCACAAGAUGGAAGUUAAUAACGGUGAAAAUACGUCUUUUUGGCAUGAUUCAUGGUCUCGCAUGGGAUGCCUGAAGGUGUGUCUUAGAGAAAGAGGGACAAUGGAUCUCAGAAUCCUUGAUAAUGCUCUGGUAUCUGAUGUGCUCGCUCGGCAUAGAAGAAGAAGACACAUAGUACAUUUUUUAAAUGACGUAGAAAAUGAGAUAGAAGCUAUAAAAACUCGGAGAAGUCAAGAAGAAGACAUCACACUUUGGAAGCAAGUUGAGGACAAAUAUGCUAAGCAAUUUUCUACAAAGAAAACUUGGUUGCAUAUGCGUCAAUCUCAGCUUGAAUGUUACUGGAGCAAAGGAGUGUGGUUUCCUCACUCUACACCGAAGUAUUCCUUUCUGGUAUGGGUUGCAAUGAAAAAUAGACUUCAAACUUGUGACAGAAUGCAUCAAUGGAACAAUACAAUAGAUGUGACUUGUGUGCUGUGUAAGGAAGCACAAGAGACAUGUCAACACCUAUUUUUUGGAUGUCAAUACUCUGGAGAAAUCUGGAAAGAAAUGGUUGGUGGUAUAUUAAAAGGAGAUUUCACAACAGAUUGGGGGGAGCUGAUAUCAAUCAUAUCUAAUCCGAGAUGUAGUUCAACUGAAGUAUUUCCGCUCCGCUAUAUAUUUUAAAUAGUGGCUCAUACCAUAUGGAGAGAGCGUAACGCUCCUAGACAUGGGAAAGAGCCGAAGGAUGAAAAGUUACUAGCCAAGCUUGUAGACAAAUUAAUUCGUUUGAAACUAUUGUCAGCGAAGGGAACAUGUAAAAGAUACCUUAAGGAAUGAUUAAGUGUUUGGUUUGGUACAAAAAUGCAAUGAAGAUGAGAUGGCGGGUUCUUUUCAUUAUUAGAUCAAAAUUUUGAUUAUUGUUUUGUGUGGUAAAAACAGAAGCACUUGAUGUAAAUAUGUUUUGAUUGAAUAAAUUUUACAUUCAUUCAAAAAAAAAAUUACAAAUGAGUCUGUUUCUUUUUAAAUAAAACGACACGAAGAAACAUUGCCUUCGCUCGUCGGUUUAAAAUUUAAAUAAAGUUUUUUUUUUUGUUAUUUGCAAACGGUUAUUUUGUUAUUUUUCUUUCUAUCUUCUUCGUUCUUUCUUCUGUUCUGAAUAAUUAUUUUGUUUGAUGGAGCCUCUUAACGUUGAAUGCGAUCUUCAGUCACUGAGAAGAUUAUACAAUCUUCUUCUUCUCCAAUCAAAUGCAAACAAGGAAUAUGUACCCCAAACAUUUUUGGUGAGUUUAAUUAAUAUCUCUUGCGAUUCUCAUCUUAUAAUUUCUGUCAUUUAUUAACCUGACAUUAGUAACUCUGAAAAAUCGCAGUUAGAUGAGAAUUCACAGUUUCUACUAAAACGGUUGCUCGAUUCUGCGACCGAGGAACUUUUGGCUAGACAACACAAGGUUCGGCUCUGUUAUUACCCCCCCAUGUUACAUCGUAUUCCUGCUUCUGAAUCUUGGGUUUGGUUACAGGUACUUGCACAAGCACAGUUAGGUUUGCCAGAGAGGGUUUCUACACAGAUUGCUACUACUAAAGCAAACUCAAUCUCAAGGGGUAUCGUCAAGUUGCCUAGUAAGGCUGCUUUAACACAUGAAGUCGUUGAUUCAAUCGAACGAAUCGAAACGCAGCUUUCUGCUUAUCAGUUUUGUUCUAGUCGUGGUGAUAGAACAAGGUCAUGCAAGUCUCCUAGUGUAAUAACUCCAAUGGAAGAAGAAGGUUACUCAUCUUCUGUAAUGCCUUUUCAUAGGUCAAGCGAGAAAGCGUUGAUGGAACCAAGACAAAGCUAUUUAAGGAGUAGGCAAAUGAGGCAUACUACAAGAACAUCAAGCGUAGCACCUAGCCUGAGAAGUGUGACUAAUAAUGCAACAGUUCGAAGCCGUUAUGAUCCAGAUUUGGCUCUUCAGUCACACUCUUCUCAUGAUGAUCAGAUUGUUCUUGCCACGUCAAGACCACCAUUACCGCCACGUCCUCUGAGGUCCGUUGGUUUCGAGAAGCCUAGCAGAACGUCACAGAAGAUGGCGAGUAUGAAACCAACUUUGUUGUUGGAUCAAGGAACCGAGACUGGAACAAGCUCAGAAAGUGAAGAACAAGUUUACUCAACAGAUCAAGAAUCAGAAGAAGCCUCUGGGGAAACAGUAUCAACCUCUGGCUCAAGCUGGGAAACUCAUGCUGAGAGCGUCACCGGGACAGACUCAUCAUAUCCAUCAGAGAGUGAAGGUGAUGGUGAGAACCCUCAAGUCAGUGAUUCUCCUCCACAUAACAGAUCAAGGGGUCCUGCAAAACAGAGGAAAAAAGCAACAACAGGGCGGCUUAAAAGAUUCAAGGACAAGCUAGGUAAAGUGUUUCACCAUCACCACUACCACCACCACGAGCAUCACAACAAGGAAGAAGAGCAAGGCCGCAAGCCAUCAGCUUGGAGGCAUUUAGUGAAGAAACAUCUCCACAAAGACAAAGAGAAAUUGCCCGAAAGGUGGAUGAAGUCAGAAUCCAAAGGUCUAACUACACAUAACAACAAAGGUGGACAGUUUCAUGCGCUGGUAAAAGGAUUCAUGAGACAUCAUAGAAGACACUCAAAGAACAAAAAGAAAAAGUUGCAAACCCCUAAGCGUCAAGGUGUUGUCAAGCUUCCCAAAAGAGAGAGGGUUAAGUCAGAAAAAACAAAUUAUUUAUGUAAUAAGGAUCAACAACAUGAUGAAAACUAGUCUUAUAAAGGUAUACAAGAAGCAAAAAACAACCUUAAACGUUGCAAAUUUCAUGUUUGUCCCUUUUUUUUUGUGACACAAACUCAAGCAUAGUACUACUCUUGGCUUAACUGCGGAGUUCUGACGGGAUCCGGUGCAUUAGUGCUUGUAUGAUUGCUUAGAAACCCAUUUACGAGAUAAAUCAUCUAGCUUAGAUGUAGUAGCCUCACAGCACAUCUUACACUUCAUAUCAAGCCAACUGUUUCCAUAGGUACAUCGAUCGCAAAGCCAGUAAGGACCAGCGACAUUGUCGUAAGACUUCACCUUCACAUCCACUAUACCGUCUUGCAAAGUCUUGAUGAAAUGAUAAAAAAAGUUACCAACAUUGCUCGUCGCAGUAGUCAAGUUAUGCCUAAACUUACAAAGCACUAACGCAUCUGCUGCAUAAAAGGCUGUUUCCGUUUCCGCUAGCAAAGUCUUUAAGUAGCUUUGUAGCGUCGUCGUCGCAAUGUCUUGCAAGAACUGGAGAUAUUCCUUCUUCGAUGUCUCAUGCUCCGUGUGGAAGUACUCGUAGACGCAGCUCCAUUUAAGAACUUGCCUGCAUUGAAUAAGAAGCAUAAGACCUUCUCUCACAAUCCUAACGUCUUGCUCUUUUAAACUAUCUGGGUUCUUGAUGAUGUAGUCUUCGAAGUCUUGUAGAUCGUCUUGAGCUCCCUCCAUUGCAGCCUUACGCUC